AAAUAACUCCUUUGUUUGAUGCAGGCAAAAUAGAGUUGAUGAAAAUGAGCACUGAAGGGAGCAAAAUUGAUAUCCAUAGUGUUCUUCCUGACAAGUACAGAGCUAACUUGCAUUUGGAGCAUCCCACUGUUCAAUGGAGGUAUGGGAAGCCUCCCACGUAUGAAAGUGCUAACCAGCUCUUUGAAGAGGGCCGAACCAAGGUGUGGCCAAAAGGAUCUCUGGAAGAAACAGUGCAAAAUGUUGUGAAAUCAUGGCAAGUGGAGAUUAACAACAAGGCUAGAUUACAAGAUUUCAAGACCAUAAACCCUGAAAAAUUCAAGCUUUUUGUCAAUGGAAGAGAGGGGCUGUCAGGAGAAGAAGUGCUGGGGGACGGAACCUUCAAUGCCAUGCUGAAGAGUUCUCUACCAGAUGAGUAUAAGUUUUACAAAGCAGAGGAAGAGACACAUGAAUCAGCUCAUAAUGACUUCAAAACAUGUUUUCCAAGAGGGUUUGCAUGGGAAGUCAUAGAGGUUUAUUCUCCUCCUCCUUUGAUUGCCUACAAGUUUAGGCAUUGGGGUUUCUUUGAAGGUCCUUACAAAGACCAUUCCCCUACUGGUGAAAUGGUUCAAUUCUACGGCAUGGGAGUUCUCAAGGUAGAUUCAUCGAUGAAGGUUGAAGAAGUUCAUGUUUACUUUGAUCCAACAGAGCUAUAUGGAGGUCUUUUAAAGGGCAAAAGAACAGCUUCUGAAUCAAAAACUGCAGAUUCAUCUGCCUCUGCCUGCCCACUCUUCAAUCUCCAGAAGUAGUUCCAAAAACAAAAAUGUUGGUCUAAGUUUCAAUAAUAAAUCCCAUGUGUUCAAUAAUCUCUGCAUAAAUUCGUUAGUGAUUUCGAGAGGUUUCUACGUCUGAAUUUACUAAUUACUUGGAUCUUUAAGUUCGAGUUU